AUGUCAGCAGUAAAUAAUAUCGAUGGUUCAUGGCUCAUUGCAGUCCACGGAGGUGCAGGCUACCAUAGUACAGAUACGCCUUCAGAAAGGGCUGUCAAGUAUGCGUUACGCUCGGCAUGCAGCUCAGCUAUAGAAAUAUUGAAGAAUGAAAGAGGGGAGAGCACAAGUGCAGCUGAACGUGCUAUAUGCGUCCUUGAAGACGAUGCUUGUUUAAAUGCCGGUUACGGUUCUUACUUAACUAUCGACGGAAACGUAGAGUGCGAUGCAUCAAUAAUGAACGGUGCUACGCAUGAAUUUGGGAGUGUUGGCGCUGUUCAAGGCGUCAAGAAUCCCGUUUCUCUUGCUUCAGCAAUAAUGCAGAAUUCUACGGAACCACAGCCUCUUGGACGUGUUCUACCUCUAACUCUUGUCGGGCCAGGAGCUCACGCCUUUGCCGAAUCCUCAGGCCUGCAACUCAUUGAUCCCAAUUCACUGAUUUCAGAACAAGCCCGUAGAGAAUGGGAGAAGUGGAAAACGCGAUUUGAGAGUUCCGUAACGUCAGUCCAAGGACCGAAUAUACCGGAGUGUCGUUCUAGAAACUUCACGUUUGCUACGACCUCCGAAGCGGAAAGCUCGCAUCUAGAAGAUACCGUCGGCGCAGUUGCUUGCGAUAUGAGUGGUAGGAUGGCUGCUGGUGUCUCAAGUGGUGGCUUGCUACUCAAAUAUCCAGGGCGCAUAGGAGAGAGGCAGCAGUCUUCGGUGCUGGUGUCUGGGCUCAUUCACCUCCCAAUGCACCUACUGGUGUAGCGUGCAGUGUAUCAGGUUCGUCAUGUAUCAAAGUACUGGCGAAGCGAUUAUUCGUUCGAUCUUUGCGCGUACGCUCGCACAAGCUCUCAGUGCAGUGCCUCCAGAAGAUACACAUAACGUUCUUUGUUCACAGCUUGAAGCGUUUUGUGAGGAAAACGGUGCACGCGAAGAGGCGAACGUAGGCGUGCUCGUUCUAACAAAGGAACCCAUUGAUAUUGAUAUGGACGACGAGAACGCGUCAAGUUCAAGUUCAGACGAUUUCGAUUCCGACAUAGAAGUUGACCCACUUCCGCGUCCGACCUCUGAGGUCAAGGAUUAUGAUAUGAAGGUUGCCAGCAGUUCAGCUCCACAAGUUCCCAGCGAAAACCGCGCGGGACAACAACACAAUCCGCAAACCGAAAACCUGGAAAGGAUUCAAUCCAGGAAUACCAACACCAACACUAAUACUAGUAUUAAAUUACGACUCUGGUGUGCUUUCACAACGCCAAGCAUGGCAAUAGGGUAUGCAUCUUCACAAGACGAGAAACCACGCGUAUGUCGUACUUCUCCCUCGAUACAAUCAAAUUAA